AUGUCGCAACCAACCUUUCUUGCCGUUAUCCCUCCCCCUCCUUCGUUCGAUCCAUCUACCUACAAGCCGUUUGACGAAGAGUUUGAACGCACUGUCGACCGUAUCCUGUCUGAGGAUGCCAGUUUUGAGUCUAAAAACGGCGACUUCCCAGUCUACUCCGGUGGUGAAUCAUUUACAGGAUCAGCAAACCACCUCACCCCCCAAAGUGAUAGAAAAGUUGAGAAAUCGCGCUUCUUCGCCACUUCUCCAGCUAUGAGUGAGAGGACUCCCAAGCGGAUGACGAGGAGCGCGUCGAGGAAAUCGCCAAAAUCGCCGAGGACCGUGGCCAAAAGAGAUAUUACUGUCAUCCAUCUUGACAGCGACGAUGAGGAAGAUGUUGACCUUACUCGACUUGUGGAAAGUGUACAACCGGAGACAGUGAACCUUGUUGACGAGGAGGACAACAAUGGCGAGAAUUGCCCGGUUGAUGCUUCCCACGGGGAUAUGGAUGGCGCCGUCGAUUCCAAACAUAACAGCGAGGAAGGGAAUAUUGGUGACGAGGAGGACAACAAUGUCGAUACCAACCCGGCUGAAGAUUCUGACGGAGAUGCGGAUUGUCGGAGCGAUCCCUUGGAGGGUGUAGAGCUCGAGAAAGCGGGCCUCGGUGACGAUAUCAACCCGAUUUAUGCCUCACAUGCGUAUGCGGAUGACCCCAACGAUUCAAGAUCCAACAGUGAAAUCGCCAAAAAUAUCGACGACGACCUCGUCGCAGCUGAGGAGGACAUCAUAUUCGCAUCGGUGGAGCCGUCUCGCAGAGAUGAGCUUCUUCAUUUUGUGGUGUCUCAUUCCUUCAUGCAGAAUCGAGAGGCACCGGUGCGACGAUCUCUUCGCCGGCAAUUUGUGAAAGAUAUGCGCAGGGAGGCAGCAUCAGUGGGAAUGAAUGAAUCUGCCAUCGAUGGAUUGAUACUCUACGUGCGCAGGCUCUAUCUAGAGGACAUUGGUGCCCAACUCGAGCGUACAGGAGACGCCAAAGACCUUCCUUUUGGAAACGAGAUUGAUGAUGAGUACAACGAACGCACCCAUCGCCGAAAGUCUCGAAAGAGGAACAUGAGCAACCCGGAACAGGCAGAGCCUGCGAGGCGCAAGAAGAGCAGAGGGAGCGGAAGGAAUUCGGUUGAAAAUACGGUGCCCACGCCGCAGUCAACCGCACAGGCCGAGAUUCCUACCGAAUCUAAGGAGGUGGAAGCAACUAUGCAAUCCCCUUCCCAAGUGAACGGGCAUGAAACCCUUUGCAAAGAGCCUGGUGCAAAAUCUGUUCAUGACACCCCAGACACCGUUCCCAGUCUCAACCAUUCCAACCAAGCGGUUGAGGAAGCGCAACAUGAACCCGAAGAGGUUGUGGAAUCUUCAUACCACCAGGACGAAGGAUGCAACCUUGAUGCCAAUCAAUUCGAAACCAACACUUCCGAGCCAACCGCUGUUCCUUCAGCUCUUGAAAAAGUGCCGAACGAGCAGAAUUCCCAUCAUAAGCAACAGUUUGGGUAUGGCUCACCGGGUCUUCCUAUUGGCAUUCCCUGCGACAGCCAGCCAUCGGAACCUGAUUUGCCGCCACUUCACGAGCGAGCAAUCCGGCCACUGAAAUCACACAAAAGCACCCACACGAGAAAGAGACCACAAGCGAAGGUCGAUUCGGGCAUCACCGUCGAACAAACCGCUGUCCCACAUCUUGUGAUCGACAUAACUCGAGAGAGUCCUUCCCCAGACCAUACAGUCCCGAGCGAACUUACCAAUAAUGAACCGCCAACAGUGUCCAAACCUGACGAACCCAAUGGUGACCGCCAGGGAAACCAAAGCAAACACUCAAGUGAUCAUGUUGAGAAAAUUGCCACCCAACGCAUCAAGCUGGACACUUUCAACUCCGAAACUGAACCGGGAUCUGGGCUGGGUAAGAAGAAGGAACAGAAUUAUCGCAAGAAAGAACGAAAGAAGCGAAAGAAGCGUCAAAGUUUCCUGGAGACUCAUAGUGGGUCAAAUGAAGACCAGCAGGCUGUUGAACGCCCACACACGCCUGAUCAACGCCAACCCAGAACAGUGGCGACGACCCCGCCCUCGAGAACUUCGAACAGGAGCAGCGACAGGGUAAACUAUGAGCCGUUGUCACCAAAUCCGGCAGAGUGGGAUAUGGAUUUUUGA